CGAUGGCAACAGAUAAGUAAAAAGUGAGCUCCUCGGACGCACGACAACACACCAACUGAAGUGGAAAGCGGCUCCUGUUCUGCUCCUUAUCCCAUUUCGGACGCUGCGUACGAGGCGGUCCAAACUCCAAACUGCUGCGGGACUGAACCAAAAGCAAAGAGCUGAGAAGAGAGUCGCGCCUUUGGCUUGUGUCUACUUACUGCUCUUCUUUUUGUGUGUGUGUUUCUUUAUGACUGCGAAUUCGUUGAGAACUUAUUUAUAGGUGGAAAACAAUCGUUUUUUUUUUUUUUGUUUGCCAUCUCGACGACUAAGUUUAACUAAUGACGGCAGAGGUCCAGCAGCCCCCAGCGCAGACUCCUGCCCAGAGCAGCCCGAUGUCUGCUCCGGAGAAGUCCCACGGACAGACGGUGGUGAUGGAAACCGCUUCCUCCACUACGAAAACCAAGAAGACAAACGCAGGGAUCCGACGACCAGAGAAGCCGCCUUAUUCGUACAUAGCUCUAAUAGUCAUGGCUAUCCAGAGCUCUCCGACCAAGCGCCUGACGCUCAGCGAAAUCUACCAAUUCCUGCAGAGCCGCUUCCCGUUUUUCAGAGGCUCGUAUCAGGGAUGGAAGAACUCCGUGCGUCACAACUUGUCCCUGAACGAGUGCUUCAUCAAGCUGCCCAAAGGCCUCGGCCGGCCCGGGAAGGGCCACUACUGGACUAUCGACCCGGCGAGUGAGUUUAUGUUCGAGGAGGGCUCCUUCAGACGGAGACCCAGAGGCUUCAGGCGCAAGUGCCAGGCGCUGAAGCCCAUGUACAGCAUGAUGAACGGCCUGGGAUUCAACCACAUCCCCGAGUCUUACAACUUCCAGGGGAGCGGCGGGGGCCUAUCCUGUCCGCCCAACAGCUUGUCUCUGGACAGUGGGAUUGGGAUGAUGAAUGGACACUUGGCAGGUAACAUGGAGGGGAUGGGUCUGUCCGGUCACUCCAUGUCACACUUGUCGACCAACAGUGGACAUUCCUACAUGGGAAGUUGUACAGGAUCCACUGGGAGUGAUUAUCCCCACCACGACAAUUCCGCCUCCCCUCUGCUCACCAGCGGGGGAGUCAUGGAGCCUCACCCCGUCUACUCGAGCUCGGCCUCGGCGUGGGCUCCGGCCCCCUCGGCAUCGUUGAAUAACGGGGCUUCCUACAUCAAGCAGCAGCCUCUGUCUCCUUGCAAUCCAGGAGCGAACCCUCUGCAGCCCAGUUUGCCCACACAUUCACUAGAGCAGCCGUACCUGCACCAGAACGGCCACAGUACCACAGAUCUGCAAGGUAUUCCUCGGUACCAUUCCCAGUCUCCCAGCAUGUGUGACCGAAAGGAGUUCGUGUUCUCCUUCAACGCCAUGACGUCCUCAGCCAUGCACUCACCGGGCAGCAGCUCCUACUAUCACCACCAACAGGUCUCCUACCAGGACAUCAAGCCCUGCGUGAUGUGAUGCGAUGAUGUCCCCCUACACCCAAGGGACACAAAUCUGCCGACCAGAGGACGCUGUCACAGACUUUGAGCCACGCAGCAGAGUGAACUGAAACGAGAACGAAUGCGUAAAUUACCACUGAGAGACUUAAAAGGCUUGGCCCUAGCCUUGGAGAGUGCGCUCACUGCUUCCAGUAGACCGGACUACUAUGUUUUUACGCAGAGACAAAGACAAGGAGACAUUUACAAAGCAACCACGUAAUAAUAAUAUAUAAUAAUAAAAAAAAACCUUCUUUUUUUCUCCAUUGCAUUAUCAUCGACCAGCGGGGUAAAGAGUGGGCGCAGGGAUCCUUGCUGUUGUUUGGUACUUAGUCCUGCAGAGCGGAUGACUAUCAUUUCUACACUUUUUUUGUUCAUGUUUAUUCAUCUUGUUAAAGCAGGCCAAUGUAAAAGAAAAAAAAACAAAAAGAAAACAAAAAAAAUCAAAAAAAAUGCACACUUCCAUUUUUCUCCGUCUAAAGUUUUUAUCAGACUUUUUUCUUUGACAAAUUUAGACUGAGGUUCUGUUUUUUUUGGACUUAGCCAACCAGCGUCGAUUAUUGAAACGAUCAAUUAUGGACAUUGCAUAUAUUCUGUAUGUCCAUAUACUGUAUACUGUGUAAAGAUGACGGCACUUUUUUUUUUUUGAAUAGCCUAUAAGCGCAACAUUUUAUUUAUUCUGUAGGCCUCUAUUUUAAUUUCAGGCGAAUUUUGGGCCAAGGAGUCAUUUGCUUUAUUGGCAAUAUUUGUCAGAACGCUUAUUAUUUGUUUUAAAAAUGAAAAUUGAGGAUAUAUUGUAAGCACUGUUAUGUCGUUUGUGUCAAAUAUAUUGUAGACCAUUACUUCCAGCACUGUAUACUUAUAUAUUGGUAGGAAAAUUAGCGAGGGUCCAUCUGCGAGGGCUGAUCUUUAGGCUUUUACUACAACAAAUCAUUUGUAAGAAAUAAAAUAUAUCUGCUGGGCUGUUUGGGCCUGUAAAUCCACAGAAAUAAGACAGAUUUCAAUUUUGUCACACACACCCACACAAACACACACACACAUCUCUGGUGUUGUUUGGGGGAAACAAAAGUGAAAUUGGAAAGAAAAAAAAUCCUUUGUAAUUCUCAACACAUGGAUAAUUAUUAUUAAUUCUAAAUAUUUAAAGCGAAAAACUUCACCCCUUUUGCUAUAACUCCACAAUAUCAAUUUUAUAGAGUUCUUACAUGAAUGUAUAUUAUCGUAAUCAAUCUAAAACGGUGAACAAACUGAGUUCAUGUGGAUUGAAUCUGCAUUUCUGGGACAAAUUUGAACUUUACGCACAGUUCUACUAUCAGUACAAUAUUACUUCAGAUAAAUGUUACAGAAAUAUCACGCAGCAGUCUGUUGUUUUCACCUGGCAGGAGCUGGUAUUUUGUUAUCUGAUAUUAUAUGAACAAAUCAGGUUUUCCACAAAACAACGAUUAAUUAAAAUGAAUUGUUUGAAAAGUUAAUCGUAGAAAGCCUCCUAUGUAAGAAGAGCGUGCAGCAAUUAAGGCGGAACAAAUCAGAGGCAGAGAUCUCACCCGCGUUUGGUUACAGGGUGAAAACCUGCAGCACUCCCACUGUCCUGGUAGUUGUACAGUUGUUUUCCUCCAAAGCAUUUUGUCCAAAGAAUACUUCUGCGUAAUAUCCUGCUGGAAAUAUAAUAAAUGGUGCUGAUCUAACCCUUUAAA